AUGUUGCUAUGUGACCAGAAGACCAAUCUUUGUACUCUCAGUCUCACUAUAUACGAUACCGACGAUAUCAGUACUCAGAGGUGGUACCCAUUAGAGGCCGUACUUACCUUCUGGCUCUCUCAGAUCCGCAACGAGACCAUCCAGGCCGCACCAGAAAAAGGAGGGAGACUUCGAGAAGAGUGGCCUGAAGUGUUCGGCGAGUACUGGGAACAUGCGCCUUGGGUCUUCGUGCCGUACAAUGAGAAUAUGCUCAAGCACAACCUCGAUGUAUGGGAGAAGCUCGUUGAAGCAAUCGAGAGCCGCAUGCCUCCAGGCAGCAGACCACAAGCAGCCGAACGACCCAUGUACGGCCUGUUGGACGACAACAUACGCGACACAAUAAACCUUCCCCAACGAUUCGCAUACAACUUCCUCUUCCGCGCCCGCCGACCUCGCUUCAAGAUGAUAGCCCCCGGUCUCCGCAUUAUCCCAUCCGCAGACUUUCCGGACCAACCCUUCCGCUCCUACAUGUCCAAAGACAAAGAAGAAGUGCCACCCGUACUACUCUUCCAGUUCGACCUGAACUUCUUCGAAGACCCAACCAGGACUCCGCAAAGCCCAGACGACGCCAUGGUACCGAACUUCUUCGACUACCGCGAUAUCAAGACUUAUCCUUCUGGCUUAUACCUACUGCCUACCAAUCACAGAAGUCUGGAAGAUGGGAUCUCAUUCGUGUUGCCGUACGCUAUUGGCGGUAAGGGGUAUGCGAAGAGAGGCGAUGGAACAAAUUUCGCGAGUGGAGAGGAUUGGCGUGGGAAAGAUAGCUUCACAGAGUUGUAUCAGCCUGGAAGACGGGCGUUUGAGGACUUCCAGGCGCAGAAUCUAGCGGGUGUGUUGGAGAGUUGGCUGGGUAUGGUGGAAAGAGGGGACUGGAAAGUCGGUGAGAAUGGGGUGAUGGGUGAUAUGGAGACUUGGAGGGAAGCGGAUACGGAGGAGGGAUGGAGGAAGUAUGUUGUGCCGAGUGGAGAAUUAUCUAAUCCCAAUAAGAAGUUGGUGUAG